AUGAUUCAAGCAUAUCUCCUCCCAGCCCCCCUCCCCCAAGUUCACCAUUGUCUUGCAGAAGCUAGCACCAUUUCAGAAGAUGACAGGGAAAUAUUCCCUUUGACGCCUGAGUCCAAGAGCCAUGACAGCAGUAUCUGUGCUGCUGCUAUAUCACCUCCGAGAGGUCCCAAGACUUCACAAACACAAUCCUUUCACCCUUACCCCCGUCCAGCAUCUUUUGAAAAUGAACAUGUCUUUGAUAAAAUGAUGGGUAGAAGAGCCAAUGAAGAUACAGAAGAAAUGACUCCAAAGACUAUGGAAGUGUUUCUGGAGGGCCUAAAGGGGCUUUCCCAAGACACUUUCCACCAUGCCGUUCACUACAAGGAAGCGGUUCAUGCUUGCAAGAAAUCUCGCCUCCAGUGUUCCCUCUUGGAGAUUGGGGAAACAGAGAAAUUGACCACAUUGCUUCAGUCUCUAUAUGCUGAUACCAAACUGGAGACCAUCAUGGCAGAGCGUGAGAUUUUUCAUGAACAUGCUAAUUGA